GCCGGGGAAUGGGGGCUCGGCACCUCCUUCGCUCCAGCGGUUUUGGGGGCUGGCCUGGCCGGAGGGACCGUGGGCUGCUCUCCACACCCCCACGUGGGCGUUUCCAGAUACCUGAGGCGACGCUGCCCGCGCUCCCUGUCUGGACAUGGAGUCAGCGGCGGCGGCUCCGCUCACGGGUGGCGCUCGGCGCAGCCGGAGCUCUGGGCUCCUGCUUCCCGGGCCGGGCCGGACGCGGAGUGAUGCCCAGAUGCUGGACGAUGCGCUUGGCCGGCUGAGCGGAGCCACUGCGGCCAUCACAGCCAACGUGCGGCGGAUCAAUGGGGCGUUGGAGAGGAUUCUGGAGGAUAAAGCGACUGUGGAGGAGCUGAACCAAAUGCUGCCUUCUCUUCCAGAAGAGCUUUGAGUCAAAGUAGCUAUGGGAUCACCCCAGAGAGAACCACAACCACACCCUUCUGCUUCCAAGAGACAUGCUUGGGCCCCAUAUCAGAGAGUGGGACCCAAGCUGCUCAAGAACAUCCUGGCUUGUUGCCUGCUGGAAACGCUGCCUUCAUGAGGACAUUAGGAACACCAUUGUGUACUGGGUGGCAGUUUUGCCCCAUGACACUUGGAGACUUUCCAGUCACUCCUUGUUCUCACAGAUAAUAAACGGACAUGAUUCCUGACAUCCAACUUGUAUUUGAAUUUGUGACUCCCACCGCAUCAUCUGCCUCCCCUGGGUGCAGCCAUGUUGACUGUGGGAUGGUCAAAACACAGGUGCCAUCACAUUGGUCUAGAGCAGUGUGGGUGUCCUCAUCUUGUUUCCUGUUGUGGUAUUGGAAGCAAGGAAAUAAUGCCUCUACCGUCACCACUAACACCCCUUUCCCUUGAGUUGGAGGGGUCAUCUUCCUGGUUACUAGAACCAAAGCCACUGGGUGUGCAGGAGCCCUGCCAUGAGCUCACGGGAUCAGAAGGGGAACAGAGGCCUUCUUGGAGAGUGGAUUCCAGAGCUGGGAGAGGUGGGUGAGUGUUGGUGCUGGAGUCACUGGUAUUUUGACUGGUUGGUGUGUUACAUGUCCCCAACCUCCACAGCCUGUGAGUCUGUUACAGGCCCAGCUGCGGAGCCUGCCUCUUUAGCUCAAGCAGUAUCAGUUUAUGCUUUAAACUGUGGAGGCCCUGAUUCAAUCUCUGCUGGGUCAGCAUCAUGUAUGCCCAUGUGGUCAGAUACCAGUGGCGUGGGGAGCAGGUUCAGAGAGAGGGUUAUGUAGGACUGGGAUUGUGUAACAUGUGGCUGGGACUGUGCAUGGUUCUGUCUAGUUAGAGCCUGAGCUAUGGCAGACAGAGAGGAUUAGUCUGAAGGCUGCAGUGCCUCCAGUCCUUCCACUGGAGCCUCUGGUGCUGCCACAACAUGGGAUUAAAGGGUCCCUCCGUACAGCCAUUUUAGUGUGUGGAACAGAAGUUGGUUGAAGACCAUCAUAUUAUUCGCGGCCAGGCACUGAUGCAGGAUGCUGCCAUCUUAGUUUCUGGGACAGAACAUGUUCUGAAUGCUGCGAUCUUUUGGUUGCCGGAACGGAAACUGCCCGAGCGGCCGCCAUUUUAGAUCGUGUAAUAGAAGCUACCUAAGACGUCGCCACCUUGGAUUCUGGAUUGGAAGCUACCAAAGGAACCGCCAUCUUGAGUCCUGGAAUGGAGGAUGCUUGAAGUGCAGCUUGCAGGUGAGUGACCCCUGUGUGCACCAAUAUACCUCUGCAUCUCUGCCCUGACACCCCACCUCCUUCCUCGGAAACUGAGUGGUCAUCCAUCUGCCAGGACUCUUUGAAGAAGCUGAGAAAGGGCCUGGUCUGGAGGGCUGGGAGUCCCGCACGGUGAUCUCAGAUAGAGCUCACAUUGUGUUCGAUUUCCACCAGGCUGUGGAUGGGAUCCAGGAGCAGCAGCGGCAGCAGCAGGAUGGCAAGAAGUUCAGGGUGCUAGCCCAGCAGUACAAGGCCAUGUACCCGGCUCUCACCAUCAACACAGAGGCCGAGCUGCAACAGCUGAAGGUCUAUGCUGAAAGGAUCCGGCCCCUGGUGAAGGAUGGUGUCUAUUUCUUGCACCAGGCCCUGCACGGGCCCCCCAAGAAGAUCCUGGUGGAAGGAGCCAAUGCUGCCCUGCUCGAUAUCGACUUCGGGACAUACCCAUUCGUGACAUCCUCGAACUGCACAGUGGGAGGCGUCUGCACAGGCCUGGGCAUCCCAUCUUGCCACAUCGGGAAGGUGUAUGGGGUGGUGAAGGCCUACACCACCCGAGUGGGUGUUGGAACCUUCCCCACCGAGCAGAACAAUGAGACUGGGGAACUGCUGCAGUCACGGGGCCAAGAAUUGGGCGUCACCACAGGCCGCAAACGCUGCUGCGGGUGGCUAGACUUGAUGCUGGUGAGAUACACCCAUAUGAUCAACGGAUUCAGCGCCCUGGUGCUCACCAAGCUGGAUAUUCUGGACACCUUCCCGGAGAUUAAGGUGGGCGUGGAAUACCGGUUGGAGGGGAAACCCAUCGCCUACUUCCCAGCGAGCCAGGAGCUGCUGAACAAGGUGUCAGUGGGCUACGAGAUGCAGCCAGGCUGGCAGUGCAGCACAGAGUAGGCCCGCAGCUUUGCCGACUUGCCUCCGCAAGCCCAGAGCUAUGUCCGCUUCAUCAAGCGCUACCUCGAGGUGCCAGGUAUGUCCACAGCUCUACUGAGUAGCCUGCUGGCCUGGGUCACAGCCCCAGCAUCAGGGCCUGGGGAUGGGCAUGCUGGGCACCCCCUUUAGGGUGCUGUGUGGUUUCCUGGAUUGGGGAUGCCAUGGGGCAUGGGAUCUGCCUCUGUCCUCCUACGGUGAAGUGAGUCUGUCGGGAAGUUCCACAAAUCCUUCAUCAAGGUUUCUGGGGCCUCUCCCUCCACCCAGGCUGUCACUUGGGUUCUGUUUGGGGGGUGGAGGAAAUCGGCCUUGCAUGUAGGGUAGGGAGAGAGGAGGGGGAAUCUGCUGUGUGUGAGGGAGGUCUGAGAGUUCCUAGUUCUCACCCCCCCUUUCUCCUCUCUCAGUGAAGUGGGUCGGUGUCAGGAAGUUCCGCGACUCCAUCAUCAAGAUUUUCUGAGCCUCCCUGGCCGUCUGUCAGUUGCAGGGGCUCUGCCCCAGGACAACCCCUGACACGCAGACCCUCAGCAAAGAAUCACAGGGACCACGUGCUUCGUGCUCUGCCCUGCACCCCCCUACGCUUUGGGGAACACCACCGCUCCUGAGAGAGAGUGAAUUGUAAUUUCACUCUGCCCCCUUCACCCGCCAGUGCUGCCCAUGCUGGGGAGCCCCGACCUGCGGUUUACAGGCUGAAUGCCACACUCUGCUCCCCCAUGCUGGAGGCCGGACUGUGCAGCUCCCCUCCCCCUCACUCCAGGACUGUGCUAGGCGGACUGUGCUCGCUCCGCGUUGGGAGCCCCAGCCCGAACCCAGCUCCUGCUCCACCUGUCACUCCUGCCCCCCAUGGGGACAAAGAUCACCUGCGCUUCCCCUCUGGGCACCCCUGUCUUCUCUCUCCCAUGCCUGGAUCUCCCUGUUCUGCCCCCUGCUGUGGGCAGUCUCAUAGCUGCUUUUUCACUGUAUAGAAAUAGCUAUAAAGAGCCAUUAUUUAGUUUCA